AUGAAUUCUAGUCUAAGUAAAAAUAAGAAGAUUUUUGAAAAAAAAAAUCAUUCUCUUGUGGACAAGUAAGUUAGUUUGGUAAAUAAAAUAGUUUAGAAAUUUACUUCUAGUCUAAACUUUAGCAGAUGACUCUAGGUUUUGAUUAAAAAAGUUUACUUAAAUAUUUUUAAAAUAAACUGACUUUUCGAGUUCUGUAUCUUCAAAAAAUAUACGGCAAAUUAUUAACUUCUUUGUAUUGA